AGGUAACUGCGUCAGUGCGCAUGCAGGGCAGGCUUGAAAUUCGCCUGAUCUGUCGAGGCGGAUGAAAGUAGAGGCUCGCUUUGGGGAGAGAGGAAAAAGUUCUCAACAAGGAGAGGCAGGACUACUCUGACGGAGCCCUGCAGUCUCACUUUUAUGCCUCUAAAUACUUUCCCUGCCAUCUUUUUUUGCGUUGUUUUGUUUGCUCUUUAACGCCGUUUUGACGCUUCCGAGAGAGAUUUCCUACUUUUUGACUUAAGUGAAAGCAGCAGCACCAUGGAGCUGCUCUGCCUCGAAAUGGACACCAUCAUACGAGCUCGUCCCGAUCCAAACCUCCUGUGCGAUGACAGAGUCCUGCAGAGCUUGUUGACCAUAGAGGAGAGGUUUCUACCGCAGUAUUCUUAUUUCAAAGGCGUCCAGAAAGAUAUCCAGCCGUUUAUGAGGAGGAUGGUCGCGACUUGGAUGUUGGAGGUUUGUGAGGAGCAGAAGUGCGAGGAAGAAGUUUUUCCCUUGGCCAUGAACUACUUAGACAGAUUUCUAGCCGUGGUACCCACCAAAAAGUGUAACCUGCAGCUGCUGGGAGCAGUCUGCAUGUUUCUUGCAUCCAAAUUGAAAGAGACUCGUCCAUUAACAGCAGAGAAGCUUUGCAUCUACACAGAUAACUCCAUCAGACCGCAGGAGCUGCUGGAAUGGGAACUGGUGGUGUUGGGGAAGUUGAAGUGGAACUUGGCAGCAGUAACGCCGAACGACUUCAUCGAGCACAUUGUGAGGAGGCUGCCGCUGCCCAAGGAUAAGCUGGCACUUAUACGCAAGCAUGUCCAAACCUUCAUCGCCCUGUGUGCCACAGAUUUCCGAUUCGCCAUGUACCCUCCCUCCAUGAUUGCCACAGGAAGUGUGGGGGCAGCGAUCUGCGGCCUGCAGGUGGACUCAGCCGACCAGUCACAGUGGGGCGACAGUCUGACAGACCUGCUGGCCAAAAUCACAAACACAGAAGUGGAUGUUCUCAAAGAGUGCCAGGAGCAGAUUGAGCGUGUGUUGGUGAGCAGCCUGCGCGAGGGCCGGCAGCAGCAGCAGCAGCAGCAGCAGACACAGAGAGGCACCAGCGGCAAAGGCCUGGACGAGCUGGAUCAGUCCUCCACCCCAACAGACGUCCGCGAUGUCAACUUGUGAACCACUAGAGGGCAUCAUUGCACAGGAUUUACAAAAGAAAAAAAAAGCAUCAUGAAAAAAAACUCAAUUUUCUUAAAAGCAGAAAAAAAGAACAAAAGAACAAAAAAUGUUAAAAAACACAAGCCCUUUACAAGAAAAAGAACAAUGCUUGCUAGUUUUUUUUGUAGAUUUUCUGUUCUUCAAGUUUAAAAAAAACAAACACCUGGCCAUGAAAUAGAUCUUCUAUGAUGUUCUAGUCUAAAAGCUACAAAUUUGAUACAAGAAGAAGCUCUGUGGUGUCUUGGAUAAACAGAAGGGAAGCCAAUCAUAUUUGCAUUCUGCCUUUGGUUGUAUGAGUAUGAUCUUUAAGUUAUAUUUUAACCAUAGCUUGAUUGUGAGGCUGUUAUGGUAAGAGAAGUCGAAUGCAUUCAGAAAUUGCAUACAUGGAUCUCCGUUUUGUUUCCUCUGUUUGGUGUUCUUUGAGUAUUAUCACUUUUAAAUACGUGGCUGAGGGGGGAAACGUGUUCGAGCUCCCUCAAAGUCUACGUGUGUCAAAAAACGAGACAGAUUGAGGAAGCUGUGAGAACAUUUUGCUAAAGAAUGAUUGGACCCGUUGCGAGGAAAGAGACAGAAUGAUAAUAAUUAUGAGUAGUAUUAGUAAUAACUAUUAUUAUUAAUUUUAUUAUUGGACAGAUUUUUGGAAACGAGUAGAAAAUAUCAAUAAGCUCCUUUUGUCAGGCUGCUUGUGUGUCAGUUUGUAUGCAGUUUGUGUGCAUACCUGUGAGUGUGUGUGUGUGUGUGUGUGUGUGUAUGUGUAUAUGUGUGAGUAUUCGAAUGCUACAUGAUCUACGCAUAUAAGCAGUGUGCAUUCUACGGCGUCGAGCACAUCGGUAUAACACGACAUCUAUGCUCAAUCACUGCCUUCCUGCAUUAACAGUGUAUCAUGGUUCAUUGUUGGCCAACAGUAAACUCAUGUGCAAGAGACAGGAAAAAGAGGAGGAUCCAGGUGAAGGGACUCUCUCUUAGGGGCCCCUUGCACCUUUCUAAGAGAGGUGUGACACCUCAGACUCAGAGGUGAUGUGAGGCGUUUGUUUAUUACUGCCAUUCUGUAGAUGAAAUAUUACAGAUAUACUUCAUUCUUUCACACGUUGUUGGUGUUUCCUGAGUUGUGAAAGGUUGCUUUGAGUCGUAAUGACCUCUCACAUGUGCAGCCUAAGUGGCACAUGUGACACCAGGAGAGGGCGAUGUCUUGAAGAAAGUAAGGAUAUGCUUUUAAUGUCAAGAGGACGUUAGACUUCUCUGUAUUCAGUUGCAUGGAGGGAACAGGGUGUUGCAAGGAGAGGAUAAGAAGUAGGGCUACAGUUUCCAUCACUGAUGGACAGAGAGGGUUCUAGUGGUGCAGGAGCAUGCUGCUGUGUAGGAGACGAGGAGGAUUUACAGCCAGUGGCUGUAAGAUGAUAAUAAACAAGAGACGCCCCAAAGGUAUCACAGUACAACCCUGAUAUCUACAUAUUGAGAUGGAAUGAACAUUCAUUUUUUAUAAUGAGUGUCUUCAAUGACACAGCUAAGUGAACAAAGUCGUUCAUGGUUUCCAUUUACACGGAAAUGAAAAGAGGAACUAAGACUGUACAGUGCCAGAUCAUGUGAGGAUGAACUUGUUUGGGGGGAGGGGGUGUUGAGGAGUACAGGAUGAGGAUAUACUGUCAAUGCAUCUGGAGUCCCACAUAGGGAAGUUUUCAGCUCCCCUAUAUGAUUUCAAUGGCAAAGCACUUUGAGAGAACAUGCUCCCAAGGAGAAAAGUAAAAAAUAAAAUGGGUGGUGGGGUGUUGAUCGGAGGUGAAUGGAUGUUUUCUUUUUCCUUGUUUAGCCUUUUCUUUGGUUUACUUUGUAGGGCUGGUUUCCCAAUCAUCAGACAUAUACCCUUGUCGAGCAAGAGUCAAAUUAAAAAGGCUUUCCACAACUUACGACGAGAGGACAUUCCGAUAAAUAAAUAAAAAUAAAAAAAACAUUCCUAUUCAAACAAAGUGCAAGUCGAUGACUAAAUUUAAAUGAACAGAAGCAUGAAUUGGAGCAGGUCUACACAUAGAGUUCACUCAUCCAUGGGUUCGGUUUGAUUUUAUUUUAUACUGUCAAGAAAUUAAAUAUUUGUUUUUACUUGAAUUUUUUCUCUUCAUAUUUAUCUGCGUCACAGCCACAGACAGUCACACAAGGGCAGCGAUGAGCUACAAGAAAGGGUGGUUGUAACAUCCAAUAUUUGCACAUGUUCUUCUGAGGGCAAUGAGGUUUGCUUUUGUUUUAAGACAGAGCAGAGCUUUUGUUCGAAAACCACCUCGACUGAUGUUGUGUUGCGGUGUGGUUGGUCAGUUUUCUACGGUGCUGGCUUGUGCAGUUCAAGCUGAGUGUCUGUCAGUGAACACAUCUGUGUCCCUCUGUGAGCUUUGCUGCUUCAACUCAUUGGUUAGUGGGCUCACCAGCCAGGCAGACAUCAGCACAAAAACAAGAGACAGAUUUUUGUUUUGUUUUGAGGGGACACGUUGCUUUGCCACAGCGAGGUGUCUUUGACUUUAUGCUUGAGUUGUUUUUGUUUUUUUGUCAUGAUGGUAUGUGACUUUGCUUGAGUGUAUGAUUGUCAGACUGAAGAAAAAUGUGGGGAUUUAAUGUUUCAGUGAUAUCUUUUUCAGUAGAACUGGGCGAUCUAAUGAUAAUUUGCCCAAACAUCCCCAUUUGAACAUUUGAUCUGACCCCUUCGUUUUGCCUCUGUUUGCCUGAUGUAAGCUCUCUCCCAAACUUCAUGGUUGUGAUUUUUUUUCUUUCCUGCAAUGUAUUGUUGCAUGUGUUAUAUAUAGAGACCACCUUUUCAAUUUGUGUUUGAUAUAUUUUAUGGGGCGACCAGACCCUCCAAAGGGUUUUUCUAAGAUUUAGAGAUACUGUAUUCCAAAGUGAAGAGAGGACAGAGGAGAAGGUGUGAAGACAUCAAGAAAAAAAUGUCAAUAUUUUUAUUGAAUUAUUGUUGUCUUUUUGCGCUGCUAAAAGCUAUGAAUUUGUUUCAUUUAUACAAAAAAUAACAUUACCUAGUUGUGAUGUGUCACUUGAGUGUGCUGCUAUUUUAUAAACAUUUGUAUUAUAAUAUAAUUAUUUUACUGUCUAAGAGAUACCUUCAGAAAAACGAAGUAGAUGGUGAUAGAAGAACAUGAAAUGAGUACUCGACUGGAAAUGUUCUUUGUACAGUUUGACAGUUUGCUUAGAUAGAUUAUCUCCUUCCCCUCCCCCCCCCCCCUUUUUUUUAAUCUAUUUUGCUCUCCUUCUUCCGUCACAUUCUGCGUCAGUGGUAUUACCUAUACCUCAGGAUAACUGGACAAAACGCAACACACACAAAUCCAUCAGCUAUACCUCUGCAGUUAGGGAGCUGGGACUGGAGGAGAAAUAAUCAGUGGGGAUGCGGAAGCAACCACAUUUGGGUGUUUUUGUGGAUGAUUCCCACUGUUUUAGUGCGGGAACAACUUGCUCAGUGAGAUGGGAAACAGGAUAAAUGUAAAGCUUCCACUUGGACUUAAAUCAUAAUGGAGCGGGAAGGUGGGGUUGGCACGACAACAGUGAAACCUUUAGGGGUAGUUUUCGAUAGAUAGAUUUCUGUUCAUGUUGGUGCUACAUCCGACUUAUUCUGUGUGAAAGAGGGAAAACUGCACUUCUAUGAAGGCCAAAGUUCUUGCUUUAUACAAACAUUGAAAUGCCGAAUGUCAGUAAAUAUGGAUUCAACAUGUGACCAAGAUUGGUUUGAAAUCAUGCGUCUGCACAACAUUGUGACCGCAGCAAAAUAGUGGGUUGAGCUUGACCUGUCAGGCACAACCAUAAAUAUUCUGAUAUCUGAAAGUUUCAGCGGUGCAGUUUUCCCUUUAAGUCCCCCCCUCCCCGCCUCCACUCAAACUCAUAUCAUGUACCUCAAAUGUCUGUUGCACAACCUCUGUUCAAUAAACUUCUGCUUUAAAGGGUGUGACAACACAUCA